CAGAAAGAACAGUAAAAAUGCAGGCAGGGCGCCGGACAAAGCACAAUGUUUUACAUCGUUUACAAAAAAAUGACAGUUUUUAAAACUUUAAAAUUUGCCGCCGGUUCCGACCCCCGUACGUCCCGACGUCACAGGGACCGGAACACGGAAGGCGGCAUUGGCCGGAGGAGAUGGCCGGGGACGCUGCAGGAGGGACAUCGCGGGAGCGAAGGACAAGGUAAGCGCUGCAGGAAAUCCCUGAGCAACGCCGCAGGGUAAGCCCGAGUGUAGCUGGGGGGGGUUACCGCUUUUGGUACUGAAAU